GCUCCAAGAUGGCGGCCCCCAUGGUGCGGCGCGGGAUGUUUCUGGCCAGGAAGGUGGCUCUGCCUUGGCUGUGGCAGGCAGGUGAGCGGCACCUGCUUUCUGCAGCGUACGUGGACAGCCGCCAGUGGGAAGCAAGAGAGAAAGAAGACUGCCACCUGGCUGAUCUCGCAUCUUUGAUGGAUAAAACGUACGAGAGGAAGUUGCCAGUGAGCUCUUUAACAAUAUCCCGGUUUGUGGACAACAUUUCCUCCCGAGAAGAGGUGGACCACGCGGAGUAUUACCUGUACAAAUUCCGACACAGCCCCAACUGCUGGUACCUGAGGGAUUGGACCAUCCACUCCUGGAUUAGGCAGUGUCUCAAGUACGGUGCAGAAGACAAAGCCUUGCACACCGUGGUGAAUAAGGUUCAAUAUGGAAUUUUUCCAGAUAACUUUACAUUCAAUUUAUUGUUGGAUACUUUCAUAAAGAGAGAAAAUUACAAAGAUGCUUUGUCUGUGGUUUUUGAGGUCAUGUUGCAAGAAGCCUUCGAAGCACCUUCCACCCAGCUUCUGUCCCUCUAUGUUUUGUACCAGUGCCUGGCAAAGAAGACGGCCUUGACUUGGGAAGAGGAGAGGAACUUCGGCGCAUCCCUGUUACUUCCGGGCCUCAAGCAGCAGAACUCAGUGGGUCUCAGUUCCCAGUUAUACGGCUACGCACUUCUUGGCAAGGUGGAGUUGCAGCGAGGGCUGCGGGCCGUGUACCACAACAUGCCCCUGAUAUGGAAGCCAGGCUACCUUGACCGAGCCCUGCAGGUGAUGGCGAUGGUGGCCUCCUCCCCUGGAGACACCAAGCUGAGCAGAGAAGCGCUCGAGGUGCUGGACACGGUGCUGAAGGCCGUGACUUCUCCAGCCGCCGAGGCCGCCGAGGAGCAGCCCCAGGAAAGUGACGACAAGCUGGGCCCUGUCCAGCUGGCGGAGCACAUGGACAUUGAGGAGACCGAGCAGUCCAAGCUUCCCCAGUACCUGGAACAGUUUAAGGCUUUGCAGUCCAAGCUUCAGGCUCUGGGCAGGGUGCAGUCAGAAAGCCUUCUGACUCUGACCACCCAGCUUGUGCAGGAGCAGCUGCCCACCUGCGAAGCCGAGGACCUGGCCACCUACGCGCGCAAGCAGCAGCAGUGGCAACAGGAGCGGGUGCAGCUGAUCCAGAGGGAGCAGCAGCAGAGGGAGACGGCGAGAAAGGAGCACCAGGCCCGGCAAGCAGCCAAGGCCUCGGGGUCCCUGGAGCCCCAGCAGCAGGGGGCGGCAGCCACUCCUGCUCUGAGAGCAGACGCGUGAGGUACAGAAACCAUCAUGUUCACGGUCAGCAGGCUGGGACUGCCCGUCCACAGGCCGGGAAGGGCGAGAGACUGGAAAUGGCAGCGCUGGCUCUGGACCCCCAGGGAACUCCUGGGACACAGUAGCACCCAGCACUGGUGAAGGAGAAGCUCUAACUGCGAGGUGGCCCUUCAUCAGACCAGGGUCCCCCGAGAGCCGGCUGGGGGGCUCCCAGCAGCCCACACUCUGCCUUCCUCUGGCCUCACCUUCCCAGGCCUGGGCUGGGAGAAGUUUAGGAGCAAACCCGAGUGUAAGCCCUGUGGAUUUCAGAUUGCACCCUCCAUCCUGUCUGAGGGUGGGGGAAAGCCAGUGCCCCUUCACCACGUCGGGGUCACCUUUUCCAAAGCUUUCUCACAGAUCCGUGAAAUGAGCCAUAAGUACACAGGCACACAGCCUGCGCACGCCUGUGCUGCGGAAAGCAAGGGUGAGCAGGGCCGGAGAGGGCCUCCGUGCAGCUGCUCGCUGCCUGACGUUGCCUGCCCGGUGUCUUUGGCCUGUGCUCUUCUGUCAAGAACCUGUGGAAAUAAAUGUGCUGGCGUUGU